AUGUAUUAGUAGCGUAGCACUGUUGGAUAGUCUAUAUUCUAAAAUGAUAUUCCCACACAAAACAUUAACCCAAAUGAUGUUAUGAUGUAAAAUAUGAUGAAAAUGUUUUAAUCUCAAAUGAUUUCAAUGAUGCAAAGUCAUUCAUCUGGUAUAGAGAUAUAUUUAUGAAGGAUUCGAUUUAGAGAAAUUUUAUAUGCAUAAAGUGAAUGAUAUGAAUUAGUUUUAUAAUUAAGUGAAACCAGAUGAAUGUCAAUUGUAAUAAACCUCCCAAUUCAUUAAUGCAUAUAAUCCAAAUAAAUAUUAUGAAGUAUCCCAAAUAAUAAUAUUAGGAAACUUAUACAAAUACUAAUAGAUAGCUUAAUUUUGAUGAUAUUCCAGUUUCAAAUAAUAACUAAAAUGAAUUCAAUGAUUACAAUCUUUAAUAAAAUGAAUACUAUAAUCAAUAAAAGAAUAAUAAUCUAGAGUAGAAAUCAAGAGGUUAGUAAAAAUAAGUUGAAAGAGGAUAUAAUAAUCAAUUUGAUGAGGAUUAAAAUUCAAUUAAGUAAUCAUAAAACAAUUUUGAUAAUGAAGAUUAUAAUAGAAAUUAAUCAAGGUAAUUUAUGAAUUCAAGCAUCAAUUAGAAACAAACUAAUAAUAAUGAUCAAUAAAAUACUAAAUAUUAUAAUUAAAGAAAUUAAAGUAAUGAAAACAAUUAUCAAAAAAAUCUCAAUAGAAGUACUUAUAUUAAUGAAGAAAACUAAUAUAGAAAAUAAUCUAAUCCUUAUGAUGAAAUGCCAAUAAAACCAAUGCAAUAAAAUUAAUUUGAGGAUAAUAUGAUUAAUCAUAAAUAGUUAGAAGAUAUUUCAAAUACAAUAAAAAAUGAUGAAAAUUAUAGAAAAAAAUCAGAAAUUUAAUAAGAUAUAUAAAGAAAAAAUAGUUAAUUUGAUGAAUAACCAAAAAAAAAAUUGAAUUAUUAAAAUUCAUAUGAUACAUUUGAUGAAAUGCCAAUUAAACCUACAAAAAUAAAUAUUUUUGAUGAUAUUCCAGUAAAGCCUGGAAAAUAGAAUUAAUUUGAUGAUAUUCCUAUAAAACCUGGAAAAUAAAAUUAAUAUGAUGAAAUUCCAAUAAAACCAGCUAAUUAAAAUUCAUUUGAUGAAAUUCCUAUAAAACCAGCUAAAUAAAAUACGUAUGAUGAAAUCCCUAUAAAACCUACAAAAAAAAAUUCAUUUGAUGAAAUUCCAAUUAAAUCCAAUUAUCAGAAUUCAAUAGAAGAUUAAACUAUUGGAUAUUCAAAAUAAAAUAAUUAAGUGAAUGAUAGAGGAAAACAAAAUUAAAAUAUGAAAUAAUAAUAAAAGAAUAUUGUUGAGGAUAAUCAAAUAAAAACAUAUAAAAAUUAUGAAGAAAUAUAAAUAAAAACAACAAAAAAUUAAAAUUUUGAUCCUUUGCCUGAAAGAAAUCCUAUUUAAAAACAACAAAUAGAUAAUUAUGAAUAAAAUAAUGAAUAAUAAGGAAAUGUUAAGAAAAAACCAUUUUUAAAAAAAGGAACAAGAUAAUUUUUAUCAAAUGCAUAAUAAAGAUCAGAUAUUGCAAAAAAAGAACAUGCUGAAAUUAUGAAAGAAAAUAAUGCAAUAAAUAAUACAAUUAUGCAAAAUUAAAAUUGUUAAGGAAAAUCUUAAAAACCAUCCAAUCCUUAAAGAUUUGAAAAAUAAGAGUAAAGAGAAGUUUAAAAUAAAAUGAAACGAUCAGAAACACCAAAAGAAUAACCAAAACCAAAAUAAUAAAAUUAAUAAUAGUAUUGUUAAAAAUAAAAAGAACAUUAAAAAUAAUAAGAAAUUUAACAUUCAUCUCAUCAUUACAGUAAGGAUUAUUAGUUUGAUAAUAAUGAAGAUUUUAUUAAAGAUUAAGUUUCUUAAAAUUAAAAAAUCAGUUCUUCUUAUUUUGGUUUAAAAAAAGAAGUUAAAGAUAACAAAUUUGAAAAAUCAAAUCAUUCUGAAAGUGAAGAAGAAAGUACAAAAAAUUAAGUUUAAGAUAAAAUUAAUAAUCUUAAUAUGGAAAUAGCUAAAUUUAAGAGUGAAAAUGAUAAAUUAAAGAAAACAUAAGGAAAAUAUGAAGAGUUAUUAAAACAAUUAUAAAGAGAAAGGGAUGAAUGGGAAAAAUAAAAAGAAAAUGAGAAAUUAUAAUUAGAUGAAUGGAAAGAAGAAGAGAGAAAAAAGAUGUUGAGGGAAAAAAGAGUAUUUGAAAGAUAGGCAAAAUCUAAUUAAAAUAUUCCUAAUAGAAAAGAAAGAGAAGAAAUAGAAUCACUUAAAUAACAAGUUUAAAAAUUGCAGGAUGAAUAAAAAUUAAAAGAUUAAAAAAAUAAAUUAGCUUAUGAUAGAAUUAAAAAAUAAUAUGAAGAAGUAAAUCAAAAGAAUCAAGAUUUAUAAUCAGAACUUAAAUGUUUAGAAUUAAGACUAUUAGAAUAAAAGAAACCUUCUUAUGUUUAAUCUUAACCUUCUAUUUAACAAAGUAAAUCAUAAUAAAUAUAAAUAAAAUCAAAUUAAUCUGUUUUAUCUUCUAAUAAAGAAGUUCUUCCAUAAAAAUUAAGAAAUUAAAGUCCUUAAAGUAUUCCUGAUGAUUAAUCUUUGAAAUAAAAAACAAUAUCAAUAUAAGAUAAGAAAAGUUAUUAUUUAGAAGAUGAAGAUGAUUUUGAUAAUGAUGAAGAAGAACAAUUAAAAAAUGAUGAUGAUGAGGAGGAUGAUGAUAAUUAAAGUGAUGCAUUAUCUGAAAAAUAUGAAGAUAUAAUGGAAAAAUCAAUGACUUAAAAAUCUAAAAUUAAUAUUGUAAAUUAAUAAAAAUAAAAAAAGUAUGAUUUAGUAAGUAUGUAAGAAUAAGAUAUACCAUUUACUAUCAAAAAUAUUAAUAAUUUAAUUAGUGAAUAAGAAUUUAUAUAUGAUUAAAAUCGUUUUUAUUUAAUGUAUAAAAGGAAUAAAGAUAUGCCAUCAAAAAUAGUUAAUUAAAAUGUAGGUUAAGAUGGUAAAGUUUCUAGAUAAUAUGCAAAUGGAAAAAAGGAGGUUGUUUUUCAUAAUGGAGUCAAAAGAGAAGUAUUCCCUGAUGGAUAUGUAAUUGUUCAUUUUACAAAUAAAGAUGUAAAAUAGACUCUACCUAAUGGAACGAUAAUCUAUUUUUUUGCUGAUGCUCACACUACUUAAAUAACUGUAGCCAGUGGUCCAAAUGUAAGAUAUUUAUCUAAUUAUUAGAUUUAUAGAUUUUCGAAUUAAUAGAUUGAAAUCCAUUUUACAGAUGGCAGAAAGGAAAUUCGGUUUGGAGAUGGUACUGAAAAGUAUAUUUCAACAAAUGGGGAAGAAUAAACUUUUUUUAGUGAUGGUAUUAUCCAAAGAAUAGAUAGUAAGAAAGUAAAAUAAAUUGAAUAUCCAAAUGGAAAUAUUGAUAUAAUAUAUCCUGAUGGACAAAAACAAAGAUAAAUUAAAAAAUGA